UCGGACAUGAAGGUUUAAAGGUGCGCGUCCUCGCCUCGGAGUGUCAGGGGUGUCAGGGAUGCGGCGCAUGCUCUGCAAGUUCAUUUCAUCCCUGCCUGCCACGGAGCAGCAGCGUCCUGCUAAGAGAAGCCAUCAAGUGGAAAUGUUGUGCAUCUGCAGGGAGCCCUGGCCCCGGAGCUCCGCCGGGCAAGCUGAGGAGGCCUGAGCGGUCUCCACCUCCGGAUUAGAUGGUGGCAGAAAGCAAGUGUGCAUGAGAAGAUAAACAGAGGCUGUCCAGCCUGCACCGCUGAUAAGCAGGAGCUGUGAGUCCACUCUCCCUUUGGUUGACAUUGUUGCUUUUUUGGGCCUCUUUGUGUGCCAGACUGUGUUUGUGGGAGUAGAUGUACCUAUUAAUAAUACAUGUAAUGGGCAGCAGCCCCUGAACUGUUGAUGUGGGCUUGGAACUGGGGCAGGUUUGACUGGGAAUAAUGGCUGAGCACGAGGAAGCGGAGUUGUCGGAGUCCCUUCAGAAGGAGGACGGGUUUUCCAGUGAGCUGGAGGAGCCAGGUACAGACUUCAAAUCUAAAAGUUUGCCUAUUUUAAAUGAAGAAGCGCCCCAAGAGGAAACCUUACUGGCUGGUUCUGUGUCCAUAACGGCGGAGGAGAGCGCAGAAUUUAUCCAGCUCCCGGCCAAGACUGAGUCCUUUCAGGCCGAGUCCCCAACAAGAACAAACUACCUGCCCAAGCCGGGGAAGUCGGCGCUGAACAGGCCGAGCUCGUACAUGGAGAACACGGAGAUCCGUAGGAGUAAAAACAUGGCGAGAAGGAAGCCCCCGGGGUUUUUUGCUUCCAGGCUUACACGGAUUCAUCUGCCCAGUCGGAAGUACCUGAGCGUUAUUUUACAGGACUCCCGCUGCUUCCUGUUCUGCAUGUGCUACCUGACGUUCAUCCAGUCGCUCAUGGUGUCCGGCUACCUCAGCAGUGUCAUCACCACCAUCGAGAAGAGGUACAGCCUGAGGAGCUCAGAAUCAGGCCUCCUCGUCAGCUGUUUUGACAUAGGGAGCCUCCUGGUGGUCGUCUUCAUCAGCUACUUUGGCGGGCGGGGCCAGAGGCCUCGCUGGCUGGCAGUAGGCGGAGUCUUCAUUGCUGUGGGUGCCGCCCUCUUCUCCUUACCUCACUUCAUCUCCCCGGCCUACCAGAUCCAGGAGGUCAACUCGUCCUCUGCCAACGAGGGCCUGUGCAUGAACAGCAAUGCCAGCGGCAGGGACCGUGUCGACAUCACUUCCUGUCCCAGAGACCAGGAGGGCAACGAGCACAACCUGUACGUGGCACUGUUCGUUAUCGCUCAGAUCCUGGUGGGCAUGGGGUCCACGCCCAUCUACACGCUGGGACCCACCUACCUGGAUGACAACGUCAAGAAGGAGAACGCCUCGCUGUAUCUAGCCAUCAUGUACGUGAUGGGAGCACUGGGUCCAGCCGCUGGUUACCUGCUGGGGGGAGUCCUCAUCGGCUUUUACGUGGACCCCAAGACUGUCGUCAACAUCGAUCAAAGCGACCCCCGCUUCAUCGGCAACUGGUGGAGCGGGUUCCUGCUGUGUGCCGUGGCCAUGCUGCUGGUCAUCUUCCCCAUGUUCACCUUCCCCAAGAAGCUGCCGCCCCGACACAAGAAGAAAAAGAGGAGGAAAAAGCUAAGCCUGGACGACCUGUCCAGCGACGACGACGUCCUCAAGGAAAAGAGCAACAACAACAAGAGCCAGGCGGUCACCUCGUCCAUGGGCUUCGGCAAGGACAUCAAAGACCUGCCCAAAGCAGCAGUGAGGAUUCUCAGCAACGUGACCUUCUUGUUCGUCAGCCUCUCCUACACAGCAGAAAGCGCCAUCGUCACCGCUUUCAUCACCUUCAUCCCCAAAUUCAUCGAAUCGCAGUUUGGCAUCCCGGCCUCCAGUGCCAGCAUCUAUACUGGUGUGAUUAUUGUGCCCAGUGCCGGUGUGGGCAUCGUGCUGGGUGGCUACAUCAUUAAGAAGCUGAAGCUGGGAGCUCGUGAGUCGGCCAAGCUGGCUAUGAUCUGCAGCGGAGUCUCCCUGCUCUGUUUCUCCACACUGUUCAUCGUGGGCUGCGAGAGCAUCAACCUGGGAGGAAUCAACAUCCCCUACACCACUGGACCAACUCUCACCAUGACCCAGAGGAACCUGACAGGGGGUUGUAAUGUGAACUGCGGCUGUAAAAUCCACGAGUACGCUCCAGUCUGCGGCUCAGAUGGCAUCACCUACUUUAACCCCUGCCUAGCCGGCUGCAGCAGUGUGGCCAACGACAGCACCGGGAUCCGUAACUACUCGGAUUGCGCCUGCGUCCAGAGCCGGCAGGUCAUCACGCCGUCUUCCAGCGGUCAGGGCAGCAACCAGCUGCAGCUCGUCAUCGUCAAGACCUACCUGAAUGAGAAUGGCUAUGCCGUGUCGGGGAAGUGCGACCGCACCUGCAGCACCCUCAUCCCCUUCCUCAUCUUCCUCUUCAUUGUCACACUCAUCACUGCCUGCGCCCAGCCCUCCGCCAUCAUCGUCACGCUCAGGUCUGUAGCGGAGCAGGAGAGGCCAUUCGCUCUGGGAAUGCAGUUUGUUCUCCUCAGGACUCUCGCCUACAUCCCGACGCCCAUUUACUUCGGCGCCGUCAUCGACACCACCUGCAUGUUGUGGCAGCAGGACUGCGGCGUCCACGGCUCCUGCUGGGAGUACGACGUCACCUCCCUGCGCUUCGUCUACUUUGGCCUGGCCGCCAGCCUCAAGUUCUUCGGCUUCCUCUUCAUCUUCCUCACCUGGUACUCCAUCAAGUACAAGGAGGAGCGAGUGGAGCGCUGGCUCAAGCGCCAUCUGUCACCCGUCGACACCGUGGGCAGCCUUGUCUGCCACCCGGGCGGCCACAAGGGCCACGCCCGCACCCGCUCCUGCCCCGUCAACAUCCCUCGAACCGACCCCAACGGUCUGCCAGCUAAUGCACCACCACGUGCCGGCCCCCUCAACCGCGGCGUCAGCACCCAGAGUUGCCCCGGUAAUGAGCUUAAAGCAAUAACUCCUCCCCCUGCAGCCACGCCAUCACCUGCAGUACCCCCCGCCCCCGCCCAGGCCCAUUCGCUGGAACAUGUUUCAGUCCGAGUCUGAGUUUCGGGAAGGGGGGAGGGUGACAAGGCAGGUCCCACUCUGACGUUUUAUUCUAAAAUCCAGCUGAGUGGAUUUUAGCCACUGUCGAAGGCACCAAUCAUCAGGUCCUGCUCUCAUCUCAUAACUCCGGCUGGUAAAAACUCAAAGUGGCUUUUACGUUUUGUCUGCACCACCAACCAUCAGCUGGAGGACCUGAUUCAUUCAGCAGCUCCAGACCCGUGGUCGAAUGAUGGUGAGUUGGACUAAUUUGGGGACCAACCAGCCUGGAGUCCCUCUGACACGAAAAAUCUGCUUGGUCGGUGAAAACGUUGAAAGCAGCCGGGUGUUUUCUUUGUGAUCCAUCAGCCGGUGCAGGUGGACAAAAGCUUAGCUCCCCCACUUUGGAGGGAGGAGAGUUCAUCACUCAACCUAACCCCAACACCCCCCCCCCCCCCCACACCUCGGCAAUAUGUGCCUUCUGUCACCGCGGUCCUCACAUGUACAGUAUACGUGCAGACACACUGACACGGUGGACGUCCCUCAGACAGACUGUGGUCACCCUGUAGGAAUAAGAGUCACCUGAACAGAUACCUCAGCUUUGCCAAUCCUCCUGCUUCCCCCUCGCCUCACGUCUGCGUGCUUCUUCUUAUCUGCAUUUGUGUUUUUAUUUCCUUCACCGUCGUGUGGAUUUUUGUUUUUGCAUAUCAGCGCUCUCACGGAACAAGAAAAAAAAAACCUACAGAAAUGUGAUACACUGCAAUUAAGUGUUAAGAACUGGAAACCGAUGGCAUGGUGCUAUGUGAAAAACAGUGUUUAGUGUCCAUUUUUUUGUUCUUUUUGGUCAUUUUAUUUUUUAGGGUUAAAAACACUUGAAAAGAACCCAACUGGACAACUGGACAGGUCACUGGGCUAAGCAGCUUGGCGCACACAGAAUGCAUUCCUGUCCGAUGCAAGGCCUUUUGUUGCUCCCCUGACACAAUGACACGUAGUAUUACCGCUGCAAGUCGGAUUGUUUGGCUUGUGCCAGCUCCAUACAAUGCAUCCAUACAUCCGAGCUGUUUCCCUCCUGACUUGGCACCGUGAUAAGUGGUUUAACUUAAAAAGAAUAGGAUCAGCAUUUUCCUCCUGACCACAUUCCUGGCUGGACGAGUCACCGGGGAUCCUCCACACGUCUGGAAGAAUACGGAAAAGAAAAAACAAUGCUUGGAGUUUUUAUGAGAUUGGACCGGGAAAGCGCUCUGGCACUCUUGACGUACUGUAUUUCUAUCAAUGAGAUGCAGCCAGUCAUUUACCCACAGUAACAUCAACGUUUGUACCGAACACGUAGGCAGACAAGUAGUCGACCAUCACGUAGAGGUCAUAGUGUAGUCAUCUAUUCCUCAUCAGCUCCGGAAAUGAAAGCUGCUGGUGAAUUCUGGGAUGUUACCCUGAGUGGAAAGUUAGUUUCUUGCUCUGCAUCCUGUUGGUUAAUUGUUAAACUGUAGUCCCAAUGAUUUAUGGGUAAUGAUGACUGAAAAUGAUUUGCAGUUUUCUUUGCCACAUAUCAGACAACAGUUUGCAUACAUGCAGGUUAAAGUGUGGAAAGUAAGGUUUCCAGGGCGUGGAAAGUUUAAGAGUUUAGCAAAGUCACUGGAAAAAUACAGAAGAAGCUGCUGUUCACUGUUGAGCUGCAGCUGAUGAUUGUUUUCUGUACCUAUAAAUCUACUGAUUAUUCUUUAAAAUUAAUCAAUUCUUAAAAGUAGUGGAAAAAUGCCCAUCACAGUUUCUCAGAGCCCAAUGCGACAUCUUCAAAUGUCUUAACCCAAAACCCCCAAAAUCCACAGAAAAGCAUCAAACACUCUCUCAUUUGAGUAGCAGCAACCUUUAAAUGUUGAGAUAAAUGACUCACAUGGAUUAAUCAGAACUGUUGAUUAAAUUUCUGUAUUAUUGAUAAUUGUUUUAGCACUAAAUCAGUCAGACAGGUUGUUUAACAGUUAUGGGCCAGUAGUUAAUGUGCAGAAUAAUGUUUGCUGCAGCCAAGCAAUUUAUUACACUGUAAAAAAAAUUCUUCAACCGCACAAGUAGUUUGGGUCUAAUAUUGAGCUCUAAAAUCUUCUGUUUUCUAUCGAGCCCCUAAAGUCCUAAACGGUGAUUUUUUUUUUCUUUUGCGCACAAGUUAGUUAUCUUGUGGAAAAUCAGCCUUUUAGUUCAGUCAGGACCACUUCAGUCAAAGAAAACUUUAUUUCCAUUUGCAGUAUUAUAUUUGGCGGUAUGGCUCUGUUCUGGGGCCUCUCUGUCUUUCCAAGGCCUACACAGAAAGCCUAAGGUAGAUAGAGCAAACCUCUCUGCUCUUCCAUGUGCCUACGUGGAAAGCCCAAGGUAGGGAGAGCAGCAGCAAAGACAAACAGAAAUGACACUGAUAAGUCAGACACAACAUGAAAAGGAGGAGCUGGGGUGGAGGCAGGUUGUAAAGCAGCCUCUUCCACGUGCCUACGUAGAAAGCAUAAGGCAGAGAGAGCACACCUUUCUGCCCUUCCACGUGCAAAUGAGGAAAGCCUGAGGCAGAGAGAGCACACCUCUCUGCCCUUCCAUGUGCCUACAUGGAAAGCCUAAGGCAGGGAGAGCAGUAGCAAAGACCCCCAGGAACAGACAGAAUAGCGUCAAUGACAAACAGAAAUGACAUUGAUAAGUCAGACACAGCAUGAAAAGGAGGAGCUGGGGUGGAGGCAGGUUGCAAAGCGGCUUACAGAGGAAGCAGCAACAGUAGGCAGGCCAGAGCAGUUUAAAUAGGGCGCCCUGAAUGAGAUUCACCAAUUGGUUACAUAGAAAUGAAUCAUGUGAUCUUUCAGCUGCUCCAUCAGUUGAUUGGCUGUCUGAGAUCAGCUAAUGUAGCUGGGAUGUGAGCUGAGCUUGACGUUGUGUCCUGCCUGAACUAACAAGCAACAACCAAAAAACACCAGUAAAGUGGCGAGAACCUGAACUGAUGUAAAAUUAUAGCCCAGCCCACCGGGUUGGGUCCCAGGUGGAGGUUCAGGCCGUAUUGCGCUCAGGCAGAGAAUCAAAGUUCAAGUUCCCACAAGAUAUUAACUUGUGCACACAAGAAAAAAAAUGUCAGGCUAGAAAAUUGAUUGCAACCUUUAAAAUGUCAGUUAACUUUUAAUAUAAUGAUCUCACCUCAAACUUCAUGUCGUAGCUGCUUUGGAGCUUUCUAUCACAUCAGACUAUCUUCAUCAGUAGGUGGAGUUUGCCAAGUUGACAUCAGACUGUAGAUGUUAAAAUUUAUUUUGUUCUCUUAACACUUCUGGGACUUCUUGUCCAUCUGACGUUGGCCGAGGUUCAUUGUGACUUUGGAAACAGCAACUGACAAAACAGUCCCACCCCAAGGUCCAUCCAGUGACUGUGUUUAGUCACAUUGUAUGAGGUUGUUUUGUCAGCUGCCGAUUCCAACGUCACAAAUGAACUUUGAAGCUCAGAAACAUGUUUCAGAAGUUUUCGACAGAUGAGUGUCUCCAUUUGAAAAGAAGGCAGAAUAAGGCAUCAGGACGUUUGCUGAAACCACACUGGCAGAUUUUUUCAUUUUUUUGAAGUAAAUGAGACUCGGUAACAAACAAACCACCAUAAUCCUCUAAUCUCAUAAUAAUUCAAAGCCUCUCUGGCAUUCUGAAGAGAAAAAUGUUUUAUGUUUAGUUAGUUCAUAAAGUAAUUAAAGUUUGGGAUUUAGCUGUGUAUGGAAGAAAUUAAAUGCUGUAGUAAUUAGAAUUUUUACAAGCAGCUGAAUUGUAACAUUUAACCUCUAAACAUGUAAUGUUGAAAUAUAAAUGCCACUGAGAUGUUUUACUUUGAAAACCAUCUGUUUGAUUUUGAAAACAGAAUUUAUUUCAGAUCAGAUCAAACUACUAACUAACGGCAAUUUUUCACGCAAUUUUUUUCAUGUUGAACCUUGAUGUCCUGAUUUCCCCAAUCUCCAAUUCAAGCAACAUGAUUUUGACUGUAAUUGAACCUUAGUAAAUUAGGUUGAAUUUUUAGGUUAGUUUUUUUAAUACUCAACAAUUUUUUAAACCUUAAAAUCACCUGAAAAUAAUUAUGGCUUUGUAUGUUUCUGCAAACCACGGAUACAUUACAUUUGCACGCUAUUAUGUAGGCGGAUACCUUUGAGCUUUAAGAAGAAGAAUAUCUUUAUUAAACCCCAGGGGGAAAUUAAUUUUUUUGUUGUCAUAUACACACAGGUCCAAAAUACAUACACAAACACCAACAAAACCUAUACAUGCAUUAAAUUGGAGAUGUCAGGGUGAGGGGGCUGCCCAUGGGCGCUCCAAGCAGUUAGGGGCUUGGCGCCUUACUCAGUGGCACCUCGACAGUGCCCAGGAAAUGAACUGGCGACCCUCCAGUUCCCAACUUUUCCUCCCUAUGGAUUGAGCUACUGCCGCCCCAUUUCAAGAACACUGUGGAUAACGUGUGGUAAGGUAGUUUGUUGUAGCUGUUGUUGUAGUUUGUUGGGCUCACAGCGGUCUGCAGCUUGGCAAAUUCAGCUUGUGUAUUUCUUCACUUUUGAAACGUGCAAAUGUAACGUAUUUCUUGGUUUGCAAUAUCGUACAAUACCAAUAUUUUCUUGUGGCAACUGGUCUGCAAACAACUGCUGUACUGAAAUUUGCCAUGUGAAAAUUUCAGAGCCCUUCUGUGCAGAGUUUGCAUGCUCUUCCCGUGUCAGCAUGGGUUUUCUCUGGGCACUCCGGUUUGUCCCACAGUCCAAGAACAUGCAGGUUAAUUGGUGACUCAAAAUUGGCUUCAGGUGUGAAUGGUUGUCUGUCUCUAUGUGUCAGCCCUGUGAUAGUCUGGUGACCUGUCCAGGGUGUACCCUGCCUGUCACUCAGUGUCAGCUGGGAUAGGCUCCAGGCCCCCACGACCCCCAGUAAGAUAUGUGGCAUGGAAAAUGAAUGAAUGAAUGAAACAUGUUAGAGAAUUUAAACCGUAUAAACUCAGAUGAAUGGUUUUCAAAGUAAAAUACUGCAAUGCUAUAAAUUUUAAUUUCAACAUUAAGUAUUAACCAAUGGUUUCAUCUCACAGUUAGACAAUCAGCUACUCAUAAGAAUACAGAUUAUUAUGGAGAUAAUUUCCUUCCUCUGUGGUUGUGGGGCUGAAAAAUUCCACACUCUACAAAGUUAAAGGGUCAAUUCGAGGCAUUUCUGGAUAAACAGUACGCACUUUUCAAUAACUUAAAGCAGUAUUAUUAUUUCCUAAAGAGCAACCUUGAUGCCUGAGACAGUGUUACAGCAGUGUGGCUGAACACCCUGUGAUUGGGACGGUCCUGCUGCCUGUGGAGGCUCAGUGUUACAUGUAUAUAUGAGACACGUAUAAGAUGCAGUAGUGGUGAGCUGUCACAUCAGCUGCUGUCCUCUGAGGACACCUGCUGGUUAGAUGUGGGACAGCAUGUAGAGACAGGAAGGCUUGAAUUUGACAAACAUCACGUCUCAGAUCAGGACAAAAAAGAGAGGGGAUGUGAUUGUGAUAGACAAAAAAAAAAAAAAAAAAAGCCAGCAGUGUGAUAAGAGAAUAAAUAAGUCCUAAUUUGCUGCUCUACACACAGAUUGUGUCUCAUACAAUCAGUGCUUUUACAUUUGAGACUUCUGAAUUGAAGAUUGUUCAACAUUUUCACCAUCAUUUUAAUCUGCUGAUUAUUCACUGGAUAGUUUUGUGUGUAAAAUGUCAGAAGAGAAAAAUGCCUGUUACAAUGUCCAAUUGUUUAAAAAAAAAAAAAAAAGUAUUGUUUUUAUACAGAGGGGUUUGUUCAUGUAUCAUUCAAAAACAUGGCAAAAAUUGUUUGUUUUUCACUGUUGGCAGUAUUUUCUGAUUUAUAGAAUGAUAAAAAAAAAAAAAUGAUAUUUUAAAAAAUCCCUCUGUAAAAACUUUGACUUUAGUAUGACAACAAAGUUAAACAAGAAUUUUGAACAUGGCUUUAUCCAUUGUUCAGAUUCCUACUCCGGAAAUGUAUCCAAAUUAGCUCAUAUUUAAUUAGAUGAUAUAUGAUUUGCAUAUUUAAACAUAAAAUUUCAGUAACCUGUGAUUAAUUGUGUUAUUGUAAGUAACCAACAGGGGAAGAUUUAUGGUUACCUGUUAGUUAAAAAUUGUACCCCAUUCACCUGCAGUGUCUCCUCUUAAAUUGAACAAAACUUCUCAUUAUUUGACAAGUUGGGGUCGGAAUCUGAGUUCGAUGCAAAAUCUCAAAUGUAAAAACAACUCUAACAUCAGAGGCACAAACUGGAGCUGAUGUUUUAACGAGCUUCAAGGCUCCAGUGAAAGAUAAAAUGUAGAAUGUGGUGCACAGACAAAGAUUAGAGCUCUCGUUGUUUAUUGUGUGGUAUCUAGAUGAACUUUUAAGAUGACAAAUUGAAGGGGGAAGAGGAUAAAUAUCGUACAUAGCCGCUCAGUCAGACACGCCUUUGAAGAGAAAAGUCCGAUGGACACAAAAGAACCACUCUCCGAUGAAUAAAAAGGGGGGAAUGUAGUCGGUGAUCACCUGCCAAAAAGCAGCAAAGAAGAAAACUUGACGCAUGGUUUCAGUAGUCAACACAGUAGAGACAGUAGACUAGAGUAGAAACACACAACACGACAUUCCAUUUUCAUGUAAAGCGAGAAAACAACAGAUACAAAACACGACUAACUCCAGUGUGGAUCUGUGUAGUGUUAGUGAAGCACUGAAAUACUCAUCCACCCACGUCCUGUCUCUGUGUGCCUACAUUUCUCUUUUUAAACUGCUGUUUCACUUUGUUUCUGUGACGCUCCCGAUCAGCCGGGGUUUCAAAUCAUCAACGACGCUGAGAGGAUGAAAUGUUGAGUCCACCUUCCUGAGAGCUUCUCUGUGAAUCUUCAUCUUUUAUUCAGUAACAGUAGCUACCUCUUUUUUUUUUCUUUAAUUUGAUUUUGUGAAAAUAGUUUUAUCGGACAUAGUGGUGUUAUUAAUGUUUCUUACUGUCAACACAUCCCAUGAAAAGACCAAAACCAACAAUGUGUUUGUCUGUCUCGGAAUAUUUUCUGACUUCCUGUUUGUGGCUCUCAGCUCUGAGCCCAUUGGUUCCUACUUAAGAUGUAAAUCUCUAAAAACAUAAACAUAUAGUUUCAUCAGUAGUUUUCUUCUCUUUAAAUAAAAAAAAAACAGAGGAAAUAAUGGAUUUGUUGGGGACUGUUUUCAGCGGCGGAUUAAUCCACAUUUGGAUUCAAAAGUCAAAAUCAAUGACUGUACGUAAAUGUGGCCGACCACUUUCUCCCAGCCAAAAUAUUCUGGAUAUGGCCGCUACCAGUUGGCACUGGUGACAUCAUUUGGAGCCAGAGACUGCACAGUUAAUGAUCUCCCGGGUAUCAAGUUCUCGCCGUCCAACCAGUCACAAGCAGCGCCAUUGAUUAUGAGCACUCCAUUGGCACACCAGCUGUCAAUUAUGACAUCACACCCUUUUUAAAAAAUGUAAUGACCAUUUAAAACCAAACUAAUCUGAAAAUUAAGCGCUUGAACAUCAGCGUAAUAAGAACUAUGUAAAACGACAGAAACCAUCUUCAGGAAGAAUUUAUUGACGUGUACUUUGGUCAUUGAGGGUGCUUUCAGACCUAGAGUUGCUUUGGUCCGAAUCAGAGACUAAUGUUACAAAGUUGUAUAAUUGCCUAGAGCUGGUUCAUGUUCUCACGGCAGCAUUUACCAGUGGACCAGAUCAAAUGCUUGCGCGAGACAGCUGCUCUUGAUUGGUCAGAAUUUAGCACUGGUUAUCGUGUACUGUCAUGUUUCGUGUUGCUGUCAUUGCUGUCGAUCUUUAUAUACAGUCUACAGUCAGAAAAAACAACAGGCUGAUAAGAUAAAGAAAAUACACUCACUGUUGGUUUUUGUUAUUUCAAUGGGAUUUGUUUAUGAUUAAAACAAUCACUACAUUUAUCCUUUAAGGUCUGGUCCACAUAGACACAGGUACUUUUUAAACAUAGGUUUUUCUAAGGGUUUUGACCGUUUGUCUACAUGCAUGCUGCCUCGUUGGUCGCUGAAAACAACCUUCAUCUAGUGUGAAGAUAUUCAGAAACUCAGUUUUCAGUGUUGAGUUUUUGGCUCGAGAUGUCAGAGGACAUGACCAAUAGCGCUGGCCAAGGCCAAGUAGCCUCACAGAAUUAGCUUCUGAUUGGCUAACUUUUUCUUUUUGUGGCUUCAGGGUUGCGGUUAUAUCCCUGCCUGUUGAUUUGACGUGUUCUUGACUGUGCUGUGUUUUUGCGUUUUCCGUUGGACAGUGCCUGUGGGGAUGGGGAUUUUUUUGGAGAACAAAGAAGAGAAAAACCGUGAUUUAAAAAUGCAUUUAUAUAAGUGGACCAGGCCUACGUCUUGAUCCAGGGCCUCAUUUGUGAUAUAAAAACGGGCAAAAUGUGGCCCAACUUGGCGAGCUUUGGGAAAAAAAAGAGUAAAGUCAUAUUUUCAUUUCUGUUUUACAAACAUCCUCUAUAGCUCCAUAAACAAUUAAUAUCCAUCUUCUCAUCUCACUCUCGGAAAAAUAAAGCAAAUAAAUUACCUAAAUGCUGAACUAUUUCUUUAAAAACACCAACGCAUCAGACAUAACCCUGUUAUUUCUUUUGGGGUUUUUUUGCCUCCAUCAACCCAAAAGUAAUUUAUUUUUGUUAAAUUACAUGCUACAUUAAUGCCAUAAUUUCACAUUUGGUGGCUUAAUAAUCGUUUUGAAAGCUGAAAAAAAUGCAGUAUUUUGGACAAUUUUUUUUUUUUUUUUAAACAGGUUAAAGGACCUAAAGUAUUCUGAAACUCGCUCAACAUGUAGUUUAAAAAUGCUAGAAAGAAACAUCUUAAACCUGUGCUUUUGAGAUAUUCAGUCUGUUGUCAGGUCAUCUCAGUAUUUCAUCCUCACAUUGUUGACUACACUGACAUCUGUGGACACCAGCUCCAGGGUUUUACAGUGUCACUCAUUUUAUCCCCCUUUCACCUCCACUUUGGGACUAAGGAGUCGUUUACCUCCAUGUGUCGUGCAGUCGUUUCAUGUAGUAAUGUGGCAUCAUUUUCAGACUGUGACUACAGACAAAGACUCUGGAUCUGUAUGAACUCCUUCAGGCAGAUGUAGGUUAGAAUAUUCUCUGUUUACUUUCUUUUCUUUUUUAAAAUCAGUAUUGUAUUUAUUUCAGAAGGACAGUGUUUUUGACUGACUGAAAGGCUUCACUGAUGAGGCAAAAUGUAGAUUUGUGGACACACUGUUUACAUAUGCCUUGGAUAAAAAUGUGAAAAAAUAAUAAAACAGUAUUACAGAAA